AUGACUAUAACUAUACAAGAUAUACCUGAUUUAUUGGUAGAGCCAAGCAAGAUCAACUAUUUAAAGGAGUUGACAUAUUUAAAUAAUCAAUCAAUUAAUAAAGAAGAUGAUAAUGAUGAUAAAUUAUUAAAUACAUUAGAAUUAUUUACAUUUGGUAAUUUUAAACAAUAUAAUAAAUAUAAAACAAAAUAUAUUGAAUUAAAUGAAAUUAUGAUUAAUAAAUUAAUUAAAUUAACAUUGAUUUCAAUAAAUACUGAUUUUAUUAAUCAAAUUAUAUCAUUUGAUAAAAUUAAUCAAAUUUAUGAUUUAAAUAUUGGGAAAAUUUAUAAUAUUUUAAUUGAAUUGAAUUUUCAAAAUUUAAUAAAUAUUCAAAUUGAUGAUGUUCAAAAUGUAUUAAUUAUAAAAGAAAAGAAAAUAUUACGAGAUGUUUAUAAUGAUGAUGAAGAUGAUUAUAAAUUAAGAGUAUUAAAUGAAGAUGAAGAUUUAGGAGUUACUAAACUGGUUAAAUUAUCAAAAUUAAAAUUACAAAAUUGGAUAAAUGAAAAAUUAAACCCUGUUAAAAAUGAAAUAGAAAAUAGAUUAAAUACAUCAUUGAUAAAAGAUGAAGGAUUAGUGAUAUCUGGAUCAUCACCAAUUAAUCCAAUUCAAGAUUCUAUUCGAUUUGAAAAUACAAGAAAACGUAAAACUCCUGAUAAUAUUUGA